GACCCCAGCUGAGAAACCAAUAUUUUUUGGCGGCCCAACUACGGGUUAAGAAACACUGGUAUAGAAAAUGUGUGUUCAGUUACUUCCAGCACCAUUAUAAAGCGACAUCAUAUCUUUGCAUCUGCAGCCCAAUCAUGGAAGACUUCUCCAACCCGGGUGAUUUCUUUCUGGAUUUCAACUUCAACAAUACUGUGGAUUACAACUUCACGUUUCCCGACUUACCCGACUCCAUGAUGCCCGAGAUUCAACCCAUCCAGAUCGUGGCCCUGACCUGCUACGCCAUCGUGGUUCUGUUCGGGGUUCCUGGAAACGCCAUCGUGGUGUGGGUGACCGGCUUCAACAUGCCCCCCUCGGUGACGUCCAUCUGGUUCCUCAACCUGGCGCUGGCCGACCUCCUGUGCUGCCUCUCGCUGCCUCUGCUCAUGGUGCCUCUGACCCACGACGACCACUGGCACUUUGGCGCCCUGGCCUGCACGCUGGUCAAGGGCUUGUUCUACCUGGUGAUGUACUGCAGCGUCCUGCAGCUGGUCUUCAUCAGUCUGGAUCGGUGCCUGCUGGUGGUCCGGCCCAUCUGGUGCCACAACUACAGGCGCCCCAGGUACGCCGUGAUCGGCUGCGUGGUGGUGUGGUGUCUGGCCCUCUGCGGGAGCAUCCCGCAGUUCGUCCACACCAAGGAGGUCGAGCUGGGCAAGUACAAGCGAGAAUGCCUGUCGUUGCACAGCGUCCGGAGCGCCUGGACCGUCACCAUAUUCCGCUUCCUGUUCGGAUUCGUCCUGCCGCUCCUGGCCAUCGUCAUCUGCCACUGGGUGGUCUACAGGAAGGCCGACAAUAAAAAGGCGCACAACAGUCCUCGCUCCAAGCGGACGCUGAGGAUCAUCGUCGCCGUGGUGCUUACCUUCUUCCUGUGCUGGCUCCCUCUGCACGUCGUAGACUUCCUCUCCCUGGUUACCCCGCGGAGUUCCGACCGCAGCCCCUCGGUCUACCUGGCCCACGUUCUGACGCUUGGCCUGGCGUACUUCAACAGCUGCCUCAACCCGCUGCUUUACGUGUGUCUGGGCCGAGGCUUCAAAGACAGCAUGAACCGCUCCCUGUGCAACAUCCUGCACUUGCUGGGCGAGGACCCCGGAUCCAGGAGCACCAUUUCUACUCAUGAAACCAAGGCCACAAGCUCCACGGACAAGGAGUUGACCAAUGUGUGAUGGCGAACAGACACUGACACACAGAUUAGUAAACAGCUUUUUCCCUUCCUUUUAAUAGACAUGUUAGGCCUUAUUCUACUCAAAUAUGUGAUAUGUUGCCAACAAACUCUUUAAUCCUUGUCUUAUUCAACUAUUUACUCCUGCUUUGUGAAGAACUGAUUGUUCGAUUGCAACAGUGUCGCUAUCGUUUACUUCACUUCCUGUUUAUGUCCAGGCCCUGUAAAGCUCAAAAACCACAAGGGAAAUUGCAGACUCAUACCGCCAUCUGUUUUCUAAUAGGUUGUUAUGACCAGCAAAUUAUUAAAUGACAAAACACAGUUUGAGGUGGAGAUAUCCAAUUUUACAUAAGAUGCUGUAUUUUGUAGUUGGUGGCUUUUUUUUUUUUUUUUUUACACUGUCCCCUCUUAAUAUGUGAUGCUGCUGAUACUGUAACUAUCAUUGUUUGUUUUUGCUGUCAUCUAUCAUAAUUGUGGGUUUUUUGCUAUGUUAUCUGUACCCUCUUAAAGAAUCAAUUUUUUUUCAAUAUUAUAUAGGAUGCAAUUGUCGCUAUUUUAUUUUAUUUUCUAAAGGUUUUUAUUGUUGUGUUAUUAUGAUGGCUUUUACCAUUUUUUUUGGCGGUCUGUCCCCUCUUAAAGAAUCCUGUUGUUUUCAAUAUUAUAUAGGACACAUUUGUUGCCAUUUUCUUUUCUUUUCUCACUUUUUUAAUUGUUGUUGUGUUGUUAUGAUGGCUUUUACCAUUUUUUUGCUGUCUGUCCCCUCUUGAAGAAUGAUGUCACUGGCAAGGUUACAUAGGAUGCUAUUGCUGCGGUCUCCUGUUGUUGUUUUUUUGCUUGUUACUCUUCUAUAUCCCCUCUUAACAAAUGAUGCUGUCACUGUAGCAUUAUUGCAUCAGUUGAUGUUAUUGCUUUGUGUUGUUAUCUAUCAUAGUCUUUUUUUUUUAGCAAUGUUCUGAUAUAUCCCCUUAUAAAGAAUCAGGUUGUUUUCAAUGCCCUAUAUUUGCCUUGUUCUUUAUUAUCUCUGUAUUUCAAUGUUGUUGCCUUGUUUUGAUCACUUUCACCAUUUCUUUCUGCUUUACCCCUCUUUAUGAUGUGAAUGUUGCAUAAGAUGCCAUCGCUGCUGUCUUCUGUUUGUUGUUCUUUUGGUCUGUUCUCCAUUUCCUCUGUCUGUCCCCUCCUCAGGACAUAUGUUACUGUCAUUGUCGUAUAGGAUCCUGUAACUGCUUAAGCUGUUUUGGUUGCUAUGUUCGAAUCUGUCCCUUCUUAAAAAAAUAUGUUGUAAGUAUUCAAAGGUUUAAAUGUAAACGAUGGCAUUUUUGCAAAAUUUGGUUGCUUUAUUCAUAAUUUUCUUAUCUCUUAGUUUGUGUUGUUUAAUUUAGUUCAGUCUUCUUAUUUGUUUCUUCC